CUAGCUUAUGCGUCAGUUCCUGAGAGGUGGGGAAACUUCCUGACACUAUGAAGUCACCCAGAGGGAGGCUAGACCCCAUUCUGAGUGCUAGGUUGGUCCCCUGAAGCCUGGAGUGCCCUGCAGGUAGGGUGAGAAAUACCUCAAAAUACCCUGCCUACUGGCACACAGCUCACAAUGUCCCUGGCUGAGGCCAUCAGACUCUGGAAUGAAGGGGUGCUGGCAGCCGACAAGAAGGACUGGAAGGGUGCUCUGCAGGCCUUCAGCGAGGUGCAGGACCCCCAUUCGAGGAUCUGCUUCAACAUAGGCUGCAUGCACACCAUCCUGGAGAACAUGCCGGCAGCCGAGCAGGCCUUCACCAAAAGCAUCAACAGAGACAAGCACCUGGCAGUGGCCUACUUCCAGCGAGGAAUGCUCUACUACAGCAUGGAGAAAUAUGACUUAGCUAUCAAAGACCUUAAAGAGGCCUUGACUCAGCUUCGAGGGAACCAGCUGAUAGACUACAAAAUCCUGGGGCUGCAGUUCAAGCUGUUUGCCUGUGAGGUGCUGUAUAAUAUCGCUUUCAUGCAUGCCAAGAAAGAGGAAUGGAAGAAGGCAGAAGAACAGUUAGCGCUGGCUACAAACAUGAAAUCUGAACCCAGGCAUUCCAAAAUUGACAAGGCCAUGGAAAGCAUCUGGAAGCAGAAACUGUUUGAGCCAGUGGUGAUCCCUGUGGGUAGGCUGUUCCGGCCAAAUGAGAGGCAGGUGGCUCAGCUGGCCAAAAAGGACUAUCUGGGCAAGGCUACGGUUGUAGCAUCCGUGGUUCAUCAAGACAACUUUUCUGGCUUCGCCCCUCUGCAGCCACAGACAGCUGAGCCUCCACCCAGACCCAAAACCCCAGAGAUCUUCAGGGCUCUGGAAGGCGAGGCACAUCGAGUGCUGUUUGGCUUUGUGCCCGAGACGCCAGAAGAACUACAGGUCAUGCCAGGGAACAUCGUUUUCGUCUUGAAGAAGGGGAGUGAUAACUGGGCCACGGUCAUGUUCAAUGGACAGAAGGGACUUGUCCCUUGCAACUACCUGGAGCCAGUUGAGCUUCGAAUUCAUCCUCAGUCACAACGCCAGGAGGACACCUCCCCGGAAUCUGAUAUUCCACCUCCUCCUAAUUCCAGUGCCCCAGGACGAUCCCAGUUGUCACCAGGUCACAAGCAAAAAGAGCCCAAGGAAGUGAAGCUCAGUGUGCCCAUGCCCUACAUGCUCAAGGUGCAUUACAAAUACACGGUGGUCAUGGAGACUGAGCUUGGCCUCCCCUACAGCCGGCUUCGGGACAUGGUGUCCAAGAAACUGGAGCUCUUGCCAGGACACACUAAACUGAGCUAUCGGCCUCGGGACAGCACGGAGCUUGUGCUCCUCUCAGAAGAAACCAUGAAGGAUGCCUGGAGCCAAGUGAAGAACUACUGUCUGACUCUUUGGUGUGAGCACACAGUGGGUGAUCAAGGUUUUGUGGAUGAACCCAAGGAAAGUGAAACCUCUGAAGCUGAUAGCCGGACAACAGAGCCUCAGCCUAAGGAAGGAAGCCGAGUGGUAGCGAUCUUCAGUUAUGAGGCCAUUCAGCCAGAAGACCUGGAAUUUGUGGAAGGAGAUGUAAUCCUGGUGCUAUCACAUGUGAAUGAAGAAUGGCUGGAAGGGGAGUGUAAAGGGAAGGUUGGCAUUUUCCCUAAGGCUUUUGUUGAAGAGCGUGCAGUCAAGGAUUUUGAAGGGACUCCCAGAGAAGUCUAGGAUGCUCUAUAGCCUAUGGAGCUGAAGAAAAGGAGUGCUGUUUUUGCAAGAUUUAUCCAUCUCUGCUGUGUACUAUCCAGACAUGUUUGGAAAUGUUCUCUAACAUUUCCCUAUUAAAACUGAACC